AUGUCACUAAGUAAUGAAAGCCACCCUGAGGAGUUCAUUCUACUCGGCUUUGCUAACCAUCCUUGGCUGGAGCUUCCUCUAUUCAUUAUUCUUCUAAUCACAUACCCAAUGGCCAUGAUGGGAAACAUUGCCAUUAUAGUGGUGUCCAAAGUAGACCCCAGACUCCACAGCCCCAUGUAUUUCUUCCUCACCAACCUCUCCUUUUUGGAUAUGUGUUACACCACCAGCAUCGUCCCUCAGAUGCUCUACAACCUAGAGAGCUCUAAGAAGACCAUCACCUACACUGGAUGCAUCAUUCAGCUGUAUGUCUUCCAUAUAAUGGGGGGCACAGAAUGUUUGCUUUUAGCUAUUAUGUCUUUUGACCGCUAUGUGGCCAUCUGCAGACCCCUGCACUACACCCUCAUCAUGAACCAGCGCCUCUGCAUCCUACUAGUGUCCAUUAUGUGGCUGACAGGAGUGAUCUUUGCUUUCUCAGAAGCCACUCUUACAUUACAGUUGCCCCUGUGUGGUAUCAACACACUGGAUCACUUGUUGUGUGAGAUUCCAGUUCUGAUCAAGACAGCCUGUGGUGAAAAGGAGGCUAAUGAACUCGCACUGUCUGUGGUAUGUAUUUUUAUAUUAGCUGUUCCUUUAUGCUUGAUUCUGGCUUCUUAUGCUAGCAUUGGACGUGCUGUACUAAAGAUUAAAUCUUCAGAAGGAAGGAAAAAGGCCUUUGGAACAUGCUCCUCCCAUCUCAUUGUAGUUUCUUUAUUUUAUGGUCCAGCCAUUAGCAUGUACCUUCAGCCCCCCUCCUCCAUUACAAGGGACCAGCCCAAGUUCAUGGCUCUUUUCUAUGCAGUCAUGACUCCUACCCUCAACCCCUUCAUCUAUACCUUGAGGAAUAAAGAUGUAAAGGGGGCAUUAGGCAAGCUGUUGAAGAGCAUUUUCAAUUUCAGGUGA